AUGAACCGACAAGUAGGAUCUCGUGCAAGGGGGGCUAGCGAGAUAGUGAGAUGUCGCACCCAAGAGAAUGACGAAGAGGAGAUCAUUAGGGUUCCUACGUUUGAUAACUCGGAUCUGAUUGCGAAGUUUAAACAAACCCUAAUUGGAAGGAUGUUUCACCCUGACGGAAGAAGUGUGGAAGCCCUGUUGAAGCAUAUGCCAAAACGUCGGAUCUGGGAUGUAGAGGGAAGAGUACGAGGAACGAACUUAGGGAAUAACAGGUGGAGCUUCUCCUUAGAGAGAUGGACCCCUACAAUCAAGGAAGAUUUCCCUAACUCUCUGCCUUUUUGGGCGGUGGUAUCGGGUGUGCCGAUUCAUUACAAGAAGCUCGAAACCUAUGAAAGUGUGGGGAAAGCAUUGGGAGUUUAUGACAAGGCCGAUGUGGAAGGAGGCAGAGUGCGAGUCUUUGUUAAUGGAGAUUUGCCACUGAAAUUUGAUUGUAAGAUUGGCUUCGAGAAUGGAGAUGUAGUAAAGGUGAAAAUUCAAUACGAGGACCUCUAUAGACACUGCUUCUCAUGUAAGCGGAUAUCUCACGAGGAGGGGACUUGGCCUGAGCUUAACGAGAACCAAAGAGAGAGAAACCGUCUUGCAAGAAUCGAACAAAAAGAUAAAGAGGAAAGAGCAACAAGAGAGGCGUUCUCACAGCCACAACGAAGGAGCCCGGGUGCUUACAAUGAUAGGUAUGAUCUGGAAAACAGGGGAAGAGAGAAGAGACCCAUGUACCUAGAGUCUCCAGGAGCACACAGAGGGAGUCAAAGAGAAGAUGAGAGGCAGCAUGAUCUACGCAAGCAAUUAAAGGAAAAACGAGAGGGGACUCAGUAUGAGAAUCAAUCGAAGAAACAUUGGGAUCAGGGAUAUACAAAUUCCAGGAGUAGGAUGUCAAUCGACUCGCAGAGAACUAUCUCAGAAAACCCCCGACGACAAGAUUACAUGGCACCUGCUAGGAGAUGGAAAUCACAAUCCCCACCAUCAGGGACAUUGGAAUGGAGACCACUUAACAGAGCCCGAGAAUCUGAGAAGCCACGGGGCCUGCUGAAGAAGGACAACUUGGUAGGAAAUCCCAAAGGAUCCUCGGGAGGAGAGGUUCCUGAAGAAUCUGCAAAUAAUAGGAGCAAUACUGAAACUCAAGGACGCCUACAGGACAAUCAGACAAUGCAUUGUAUGGAUAUUGAUUCAAAUGAAAGAGGCCAUGAGGAAGAAACGGCAAGGUCCAAAGAAAGACUGCCUCAGACAAGUGACCUAAACCAGGGCUUGAGGGUUGAACAAGGCGAUGAAGAAGUCCAGGAAACAGAUAAGGAGAGAGAAGCGCGAGAAGAGAAAGAGACGGAUGAGGAUAUCGAGGAGUAUGCUGCUCUAGGCAUGACAGACGAGAUGAUUGAUGAGGAUGAUCUUCUGGACGGCAUUGUAGAAAUGGAGAAGGACAUGGAGGAUGGCCGGAUAGAGGCUAUCUCGCAACUAUCUCCGGAGCGCCCUACGAACAAAACCUCUGUGUCAAAAGUUAAGACUGGCAUGCUCAAUAUUCAAGGAGUGGAGAAAGGUGGACGCCCAGGAAACACAAUGGAAAAAAAGAACAAACAAAGCUCUCAACAGAAUGCAUCCUUAGGGCGAAAGAGGGGAGCUCGCAGCCCGGACCUUAAAGGAGCUUCAGCGUCAAGAAAGCUAGCAUGA